UCUCAAGGUGCUGCCCACGAACGUUGUUCUGCAGAUAUCAGAUUAUAAUUUGCCAAUCAUCAAGAUUUUAGAGAAUUUCUCCAUACUCCACCCAGAAGUAAAGGUAAUCACCAUGACUGAACGCAAGGCCGUUAUCAAGAACGCUGAUAUGUCAGAAGACAUGCAGUCAGAUGCGAUUGAAUGCGCUACCCAAGCUCUCGAGAAGUUCAACAUCGAGAAGGACAUCGCUGCCUUCAUCAAGAAGGAGUUCGACAAGAAGUACAACCCGACCUGGCAUUGCAUUGUGGGUCGCAACUUCGGCAGCUACGUGACACACGAGACCAAGCAUUUCAUCUACUUCUAUUUGGGACAAGUCGCCAUCUUGCUUUUCAAGUCGGGAUAGAGAUUCUUUGACGAGAACCGAUGCUUGAUGAUGUUAUCUGCACAAACUGACAAUGCAAAGACUUAACCCUGCCAAAGCCCUCCGUGAUAAUUUGUACCUACCGGGAAAAAAUUGUUAAUGUAUUAAUGCUUUAAUUUUUCUCUGUUCGGUCUUUGUAUUCAGCCUACAUGACAUCUCUACUUGCAGAUGUCAGUGUUCCAAGACUAUAUAUUGAGACACUGUCCAAUGUUUUAUAUUUUUAUUUUUUUAAAGAUCAAUCUAUUAACCUUCAAUUCGACUUACCAGAAGAUGGACAAUCAUUUAUAAUUACGAUGUCUUGCCAAUUAUUAUCAACUCAUUUUGCUUCUUAAGAUUUUUUGUCCUUGAAAAGCGAAAACUACUAUUUUCUUUUGUAUUCUUAGAAUAUAAUAGAUAGGUCUACUUAUUCGACAUUCCGUUCUCUUAUCUUGAAGCACCACCAUCUCCAAUGAAGGCUAAGAUGGAGUACCGCCAUUUUACGGGAAAAUUGUAAGAAAACAGGUUUCCAUUUAAGGGUAAUUAUCAGCUUACCAAUGUCAUGAUAUUUUGAAAUUUAUUUGAUAAAGCAGUAUUUCAAUCCAGGUAUUAGUGCAACAGGGAAAUUUCCCCUUGUGUUACACCACAUUAUUCUUUCCUUGAUUCAACCAGCCAAAGCAAACAUUUUUUUUAUUUAUGAAAGUGCUAUAUGAAAGUUGUCGAUGUAUUAUAUUGUUGUAAACAUAAUUGUCUUUUUUGGGGGGUUGGGGAUGUCAUUCCGCUAUUACUAUUGAAAGAGAAACGAAAUAAAAGCAUAAGUACGAACAAAAAGUAACAAAGUUUUGCCCACUCUAGUGCGUUUUAUUGUACUGCACUCUAUUUCGUUACAAGAGAGAAAUCCAACAAGAAUAACACUGGAAAUAAAAAAAAUCGGAAGGGGGAAAUAUUUAUAUUUCAAAGAUUUGAUAUAUUUACAAAAAAAGUAUUAUGCACAUGUUGACCAGUAUGCAAAUGAGGGAAUCGAUGACUUAACACACUAAAUAUUUAUGUUUAAUUGCAUUGUAAUGGCAAGAACUGUAUUUGAUUUGCUAAACUUUAGUAACAAAGGAGCUUGUCAUCGACUCACAAUAGACUGAAUAGUGAAAUUAGUCUCUUGACACAUUCCAUGACCAAUCGAAUAUGUUUUACAUUUGGAGGGAAAAAUAAAUAUUAGCAAAAUGAUAAUACAGGUGAGUGCGUGACAUCAUCGGCUCCUUUAUUUGCAUGACUGUACUGAUGAUGCAUACGUCACUCUUCAGUUUUAAGGAAAUUAUAAAUGUCGUAUUUUUGUUUAUCGAUCCGAUUUAUUUGAAAUUGUCAGUGUUAUGCUUGUUCAAUUUUUCUUCAUUCGAUUCAUUUUUAGUUGGGGUGGACUUGAGCUUUGAAAGGAAAUUAAGUUCAAUGAAAUUUGAAUUAUUGUAGGCUAUAAGUACAGUAUAUCUUAUUUUGAGAGGAAUGCUCUUCAGAAUAAUAGCAACAGAGAGCUGAAGUGUUCAGUCUAAAAUUAAAAAGAGGGUCGUGUGUUCGAAUCCCACCACGGUCUGGCGUCCUUUGGCAAGACGUUAAUCCACACUUUGCCACUCUCGACCCAGGUGCUACCCCGUAGUAUGUGAAAGUCAUCGUAGCUUGUCCAGUACCGUGUGCGCCUCACCGGCGACUGACUGGAAUACUCCUAAGGGAGUGGAGGAUGUGCACACAUUGUGUACGGGAAUGACAGAUUGAAUCCGAUGACCGGGGUGAUAAUAUAUAUGUAAAGCGCUAAGACACGUCGUUCCAAUGUAUUAAGGGCUAUAUAAAAGCGGAUUACUAUUAUUAUUAAAAGCCCAAUUAACUCUGAAGAUUACUAAGUCAAUCUCUGGUUCAAUUUUGAUGACUAAUAAUAAAUCACAAGUCAUGCAGGUGCAUAGUAAUUGACUCUUUACACUCACAAUGAGACAGCAGCCACCCUGUUACAGCACAUUUUGGUACAAAAGUGCCGUAAUGUUGCGACACAUUUUGGUAACAUCUCCUAAUUUAGUCUGUAACUACACAAGGAGGUAGAUUAUGGUUUAUUAAUAGUUGGUUUCUUUUUUUUUUACAAGCACAUAUACUAAACCCAUUUGGUUUACCAAACUGUACCGUUUUUUAUUUUUUUUUCCAAUCAGUAAUUACACGUUCUAAGCUCUAAAUGGCUGUCGACCAUCAUUCUUGAGGCACAUCCUAACUCUUUUUAGAUUUUUUUUUUUUUUUUUGGGGGGGGGCUUUCUAUUGGAAAUGUACCCUAACACCCCUCCCAUUCCUUCAAUUUAUUCGACCAAAACCUGUCCACCCUAACAUGAGCCAGUUGGCUCUAAUGAAUUAAAAGUUACUUCGAAAUCGGAUCAGUUUCUCGCUGAGUUAAUAUGCAAAAUGAGUGAGUAGUUGAUUACACACACCACUGUUUCUUUUGUAUUUUAAUAUUGAAUAUGAAAAUUCCAUUUUAAUUGAUUUGAUAACAAAGGAGUUUUGACUAAAUUAUAAUUAGCUAUAGUAACUACACUUCAAGUGUAUUAAACAUUGGGUCAAAUUUACAAUUCUUUAAAGGUAAAGUCCACCCCAGAAAAUUGUUGAUUAGAAUCGAUAGAGAAAAACCAAACAAACAUAACGCUGCAAAUUUCAUCGAAAUCGGAUGUAAAAUAAGAAAGUUAUGACAUUUUCAAGUUUCGCUUAUUUUUCACAAAACAGUUAAAAUGCACAACUCAGCGAUAUGCAAACGAGAGAGUCGAUGAUGUCCAUCACUCACUAUUUCUUUUGUUUUUUAUUGUUUGAAUAAUACAAUAUUUCAAUUUUUAAAGAUUUGACAAUAAGGACCAACUUAACUUAACCAUAAACUGUAAAAUAAUGGUAAUUCCACAUGUUCAGGGAGAAUAAAACUUUGUUUCACUUGACAAGGAGGAGAAAAUUAGAAUAUUUCAUUUAAUAAAAUACAAAAGAAAUAGCGAGUGGGUGACGUCACCAGUCUGCCAAUUUGCAUACCGACCAGGAUGUGCAUAUAACUGUUUUGUGAAAUUAAGCAAAACUUUAAAAUGUCAUAACUUUCUUAUUUUACAUCCGAUUUUGAUGAAAUUUUCAGUGUUUUGCUUGUUUGAUUUUUCUCCUUUUUUCAAAUCAACUUUUUGUUGGGGUGGACUAGUCCUUUAAAGAUAAAAAUUAUACCAAAGAUUAGUGUGUGAUGUCACCGAUUCACUCGUUUGCAUACUUGGCGUUUAAACGAGUGAACAAGGUUGGGGGAUAACUUGAAAAAUAAAUCAUUUUUUAUGUCACUAAAUAAAUUUUGCUCGCGCUUCAUGCUCGCAUUGUCUGUUCGAUGAGAUACAUAGAGAUUCAAAUAUCAAGUUUUUAAGUCAAUAUACAAAACAUAUUUCAACUCGUACAUCGAGCUUUCAUUGUUUUGUUUAACAUUUUUUUAAAUAACGUUCUGUACAUUGGUAGAGGGAAAAUUGGGGGGGGGGGGAGCAAAGGCAGACGCGCAAUAUUUGCAUGUUUCACAAAUUCGAGCGCGAGAUACAAUUUUCAAUAAGGCCCUACUGACUUGAAAGGGCCAUGUUAAAGGUCAAAUCCACCCCAGAAAAUGUUGAUUUGAUUCAAUAGAGAAAAAUCAAACUAGCAUAACACUGAAAAUGACAUGAAAAUCGCAUGUGAAAUAAGAAAGUUCUGACAUUUUAAAAUUGUGCUUAUUAUUUUUUACAAAAUAGUGAUAUGCACAGCUCGGUGACAUGCAAAUAACACAGACGAUGAUGUCCCUCACUCACUAUUUGAAUUAUACAUUAUUUCAUUUUUGCAGUUUUGACAAUAACGACCAACUUAAGUGAACCGUAUAUAUUAUAAACUAUGCUAAUUCCACAUGUUCAGGGAGGAAUUAAUUGCUGUUUAACUGUUUUGUGAAAUAAAGCGAAAAUUUAUAAUGUAAUAACUUUCUUAUUUUACAUCCGAUUUUGAUGAAAUUUUCAGUGUAAGUAUACUUGUUGGAUGUUUUUCUUUUUAUUAAAAUCAACUGUUUGUUGGUGUGGACUUGUCCUUUAAGGACUAUUUUCAGUGACACGUGACAAUGAUAACUCACCUGAAAAUCUUUAAUAUUCAGCAUUUUUUUGAAAUUAUGAACAUGAAGGAUGCAAAAUAAUAACAACUCGGUAGACCAGCAGCACCAUGAUUGAUGCUGCUGAGUAGGGCCAUCCUCCCGUUUUUCAUAUAUCAAUUCAAAUGUAUCAUUUUAUAUGUAUUGUUUUUUUGUUUUUUAACGGAAAUAAAUUCAAUUCAAAACUCUAA